AACAACGCGUCGAGCUCUGAAGAAGGUUAGAGCAAAGCACAGAGGUAGAGGAAUCGCUUGUAUUCGGUUUAGUCAUGCGACCCUACUAUGAAGAUCCAUGUGGCUGUCCUCCUCGUCAUCACCAUGGUCGUCCAAAUAUCGAGAUUGAUGUUCUCCCCAGUUGGGGUGGCUCAUAUUAUCCGCCGCCGCCUCCUCGGUCCGAGGUCGUCGUCGUAACGCCAGCAGCCACCUAUAUGCCCGGACAACAGAUGGUAUAUCAACAGCCUCAGCCAUAUGGCCAGAUGAGUGGCAUGUCCAUGGGCUCUGCCGGCUACUAUCAACAACAACAGGGCUAUCAGUAUCAAUAUCAAUAUCAAUACAACAAUCCACCAUAUCCUCAAUGGUAGGAACUCCUUAAGUGGUUGGAAGUGCUCGACAGACAUACAACACAACAAAAAAACAAAAACAACUUUUGUAUAAUGAUAAUUUAAAAUCAAUCACAACUCGACCAAGAAAUCAUAAUGUUUUAAUAAAUAAAUAUUCUAAUCUAUAAA